AUGACGUUUUGUACAGUAUACAAUUUGCACAGUGAAGAACAUUUUCGUUUCCAUCGAUCGCAGGUGAGAAAGCACUUGAGAAAAUAUUUCAAAACGGACACAAGUGGAAUCCUGCAUUUCACGAAUUGCUGCUACGGUUUCUGGUACUCGAAAGCCACCAACGCGUACUAUUAUUUGGAUCCUUACCAGUGCAACGAGAAAGGGAGGAAAGUGUCAAACGGUGGUAAAGCUUGCCUGUGUAUAUUCCCGAGUGUCUGUCAAAUGGUAAAGAACAUGUGGCUGAAUCAGUUCGAAGACACGUCUGGCUUUUUUAUUCACCGUUUCCACGUGGACUCGGUGAACGUGCCUCCGUUCAAGACGUUCAAGGAAGAUCCUAUGUGGUUGUACCUGGAUUAUCAUUGGAACUUCAGACACGCUCCGGACAUCGUGAAGUCAAACGCCAAGAGGAGAAAGCACGCGGAGGAACCGGAAAAGGAGGGCGUCAAGCAAUUUUGGAACAAUUACGCGGUCGAGGUGUCCAAUCUUAUUUAUUCCGUUUGGGGCACCAUUGGCUCGUACGAUUCCAGGUUCGGCGACCGAGCUGGAAAGAAUCAGGCAGCCAUUUGCGUGGCGGUUCUGGCCAUGCAGUAUCUCAGUCACCCGUCGAGAUGGGGCCCGGCCAUCUUGGACUCGGCGGUGAUCUGCGGGGACUCUUAUUACACGGAGAGCCUGAGAAGCUCUGUCCAAAAGUGUGCCAAGCAUUUCAACAGGUUCAACUUGCAAGUCUCCUUCAAGAUCUUCCCGCAUUUGUGGACUAUCGACUUUAGGGACGGUGUCUGCGGGAUUUUGUACGGGGCACGGAACAGGCUGACUCUCGCGAGCGCGUUGGUGAGAUCCUUCGAGGAAUCGCCGAACGUUCUCAUCGAGUGCAACAAAGCGAUGCUGGCGGCCCUCGCGGCCAAGGACGGAUACUACGUGGCUGAUCCCUGCUGGGUCGGACCACCCCUGUUCGACAAGGAUCACGGCGCGAUCUACGUUCUUCGUUGCAAAAACAUGAACUCGCUUGUGUACGCGGUGAUCAAGAUGCUCAACACUAACCAGAGGCUCGACUUCCAUUUGACACCGAUCGCGUUCACCUUCGAACAGGAGGACUUCAACUUUGUCGACGGGAAGAGACGAAGCGAAGCGAGGCGAAACGUCCUGUUGGAGCCAGUGAGAACCACGCCAGGGAAGGUCACGGAUCCGAGCGUGCAUAUACCAGGCGCUCACACCGCUCAGAACGAAGCCUCUUAUCUCACGUAUCGCAAGAACAUCGAAACGGGGAUAAUGAAGGGCCACGAACUGGAGAAUCCCGUGUUGCCGUGCGUGGAACCAGUGUUGGAGAAGGACAACAUGACGAGCACGCUGGUCAGCACGACCUGGCAUCUGAAUCUGGGCCAGGCUGCACCUCUGGAGAAAUCUACGCCCGUGUUCGACCCUCGGCUGAUCGAACACGUGUCGCAGGAGUGCGAGCAGCGGGUCGUUGAUUCGUUCGAGCCGACUCGCCACGUGCAAAUGUCCAUCACCGACUUGCUGGCAGCCUGCGACGAUUACCCGAGAGUGGUAGAUUUCACUGGCAAGCCUGUUCCACCGGUGACGCCGCUCGAGUGCGUCGCUGCACGCAGCUUCCUCACAGAUGAUGCUCGUCGAGAGUUCCGUGCUCGUACCGCGGACAUGACGCAGGAAUUUUAUAAAACGUACAAGCACCGGCUUCCAAAAACGGGCAAACAACCACCGGUCGGCAACGAUAUCGAAGAUGUUCAUCCUAUCAGCGAGGAGGAGACGGAAGUGAAGCAGAAUUCUCCCGACACCGAGGCGGAGACGGAGGAUGUCACGGAAGAUGAAACGUUUACGGAAGCAAGUGAAACCGCCGAAGACGACUGA